CCCGUCUUCCUUUCUUAUUUCUGUUGUCUGUCUUAAAUUCUCAACAAGGGAAAUGAAGGAAAAGUUUCUAAGGGCAUGCUUUAACAAAUGGAGGAAGAUGGUGAGUAGAGUUAUACCUUGCACUGGCUGUGAAAACCGCCAUCAGUGGGCAUUGUGGCUUUUCAUGCAUAAAGAGAAUGCAAUCCCAAGAGAUGUCCCAAAGGGUCACUUAGUAGUCUAUGUUGGUGAACACUAUAGGCGCUUUGUAAUCAAAAUCACUUUGCUCAAACACCCGCUGUUCAAGGCUUUGCUGGAUCAAGCCAAGGAUGAAUAUGGCUUCAAUGCUGACUCCAAACUCUGCAUUCCCUGCGAUGAAGGCCUCUUCCUCCACGUUGUUCAUUGCGCUAGCUCUCCACAGGAUCAAAAGUUCUCAGACUAUCUUCAGCAAUUCAUCUGAGAAAUCAAAUGUUUCGAAAGUCCCAAGAGACUGAUAAAAUGUAGUAUAUCAAGUGGAGUUUUAUAACACAACUCAUUUAGCUUGUAGAUGUAACUCAAUUCAAAAACUAAAUUAUAUUUUUGCGUGAAAAUCAAUAUUGUUCAGGACCCCAGGAGAAUCCAGUUCUACAACUAGCAAAUCGCAUCUGUUCUAAAUUAGAGGCUGGUCCAGACCCAGAAACUGGCCGGAUUCUGACAUUUUUAACAGGUGCCAAAAGUUGACAAUGUGUUUCAAGACUUGGACACAUACAAAAUCAAAUUUCUUAGCAUUGGUCCCUAAAAAGACAUCUGAUGGGCACAGAGGGAGCAAAGGUUUUGCUUCCUGUUUUUCAGACUUAACAAAGAUUUCCCAUCAUAAAACUGUAAAAAGGGUUAAGCUCACCACUAAGAAUUACUUGGUGGACGCAAACUGGUAACGCUGGCCGUGAAUCAAGCCACCAAUCAUGUUCCUAGGAAUCAAGCACAAAAUCAGUUUUACGAUGGGGAUGGUGUGAAGCAUUCCUUAGGAUAGGAUGCCCUCACAACAAAGGCAACCCUGGAAGAGACAAUUCUAAUAAACAAGGGACCAUUUG